UCUCUUGUAGCGGCAGACCUCGCGUGUUUUAAACACAACAUACCGUUUCGUUAGUCGCAGUAAUUGUUAAUAUGGAAUAUAAUAUUUUGUUUUCUGCUCUAAAUAGUGAUAAUAAUACUAAUUCCCUCGCCGGGAGCCAUUCUCCUCUGCCUCGAGUUCCCGAUGUCGAGGCGUCGGGCCUGGAAUGGUUCGACGUUAGUCUUGGAUUAGGGGCAGUGCAAAACACAGAUCAAGGUGUGCCUUCAUCACCUUUCAUUGGAGCCACUCUGAGUGUCUUCAGUUCACCACUUACCACGGUCUUGUGUCUUUUGCAAGAUUUCACAGUGCCUUCCACACCGGUUUACUUUGCAAUGGAAAAACUCUUCAAACUGGAAGAGCCUUCAACAGGAGACAGACGGGUGAAUGAGGGGACAGCGCCUCCUCCAGUUGCCCAGGUUGUACCCUCAUCAGAAAAGAGGACUGGGAAGACAGAAGACAAAAAGAAACCUCUUGGAAAGUGGCCUGAAAAACACGAAGAGGGACUGAAUUGCUCUGCAAAGCGCUGCAGUAUCACGAGUCACAUUUCUCAAGUCCGUUUGACUUGUGUGAACCGGGAAGGCUGUUUCUUGCAGGACGGCUGGAAACUGAAUGUGGGGGUUACCUUCAGUGAAAGCCAACAGACUCCAGCCUCGCAUCUGGAAGUGAUCCAGCAGAGCUGAUACAUACU